GACAGCGUCUAUAUGCGAGCGAUUGGGGUCCCGGCUUUGGGAUUUUCGCCGAUCAACGGUACGCCUGAGCUAUUGCACGACCAUAACGAGUACCUCAACAUUGAUAUAUUCCUCGAAGGCAUCGCUUUGUACCAGAAAAUCAUCGAGAAAAUCAGUAAUGUAGCUGGUUACGUGAGAAUCAAGGAGAAGAGACUGAAGUUGUGAUGCUUUUUCUUUUUUAAAUAGUUGCUAACGUUAUAAUUCAAGAGGUUUUACACUGGUUCCGUGGAUAUUUCCAGGCGGCAGCGACGUAAGAUUUUUACGUCAAAAAAACAUCCCGGCCUUUGGUAUUUCAUUUCUACCGAAUACAAAGUUAUUGGUGCACGAUAACAACGAAUAUCUGAACAGAGA